AUGAAUAUUUCCUCACCAACAGUUGCGGGUGAUAUGGUACUCAUGUCGUAUUCACAAGCUGGUUUCAAUGGAAUGCUGCAAAUCUGCCACAAUUAUUCACGUAGGUGGCGAUACGAGUAUAAUCCAGAUAAAUAUGGUAUAAUUGUUUUUAAUGAAAGUAAAUAUAAAAGCGAUAUACCAAUGCGUUGGUUUUUGGGCGACAAACAGAUAUUGGAAACUGAGUCCUAUGUUCAUUUUGGUAUUAACACAGACAGUUUACUAUCCAGUAAAAGUAACAUGUAUAAUGCGGGUGUUAAACUACGUGGUACCCUACUCAGUAUAUCUAACUGUGGUUUAAAUGCUGAUGAGUUAAAUCCAACAACGUUGUAUUCCAUCUAUAGAUCAAUUGUCAUACCGAAAGGGAUUAUUUCAGUACCUCAAGGUUAUAUAAUUUUUGGACCGGAGAUGCGUGCGAUCCAGAUAUGUACCCUAUUAGCGUUGUUUGGCUUGGCCUUAUCGCAGACAGGAGAUGACACUAAAAAUCUACUGACAAAGUUGUUCACAACAAAUGCCUACAACAAGAACGUCCGACCUCUAGUUAACCAAUCACAUAUUGUUACCAUAUAUCUAGAUUUCGUCCUGAACUCUGUGAUAGAGUUUGAUGAACAAAAGGAGAGUCUGAAGACGGCGGGAUAUCUCGAGGCUUACUGGUUCGACGAAUAUCUUACAUGGAAUGCAUCCGACUACAACAACGUAACGAAUCUUUUCAUCCCUCAAGAUGAUGUAUGGAAACCAGAUUUAUCCUUAAGUAACACAUUCUCUAGAUUUAAAGGCAUGGGUUCAACAUACUUGAAUGUUGUUGUUGACAACGAUGGUUUCGUACAAUGGUUCCCAUUUCAGAUUUUUGAAUCUACAUGCGCAGUGAACAUCAAAUAUUUCCCAUUCGACACACAGAUGUGUGAUCUGAAAUUCACAGCAUGGAGUUACACAAAAUUAGACGUUGAUAUAAACAAGGGUUCAAAGGGAGUAAGAUUAGAGGAUUAUGUUAAAAACGCGGCUUGGGACCUAGUCGACACCUCUUCAAGUGAGGUUAACACAGGAGAAGUAGCUGUGAUCUUCCACUUGAAUCUCAGACGAAAGCCUCUCUUCUUCUUAUUCAACAUUAUUGGGCCUGUUAUUUUGUUGACCGUUUUGAAUAUUUUCACGUUUGUACUUCCGGUCGAGUCAGGCGAAAAGGCGGGGUAUUCUGUCACUGUUUUCCUGGCUAUGGCAGUGUUCCUUACGAUUAUCUCCGACCAACUACCGAACAACUCUGAUACCGUGUCUCUCAUUGCUGUGUACCUCAUGCUGAUGACAUUACUGAGUACUUUUAUCGUCUGCGCAUGUCUGAUCCAGAUACGACUGUCCAUUCGUAAAGAGUUGGAGCAACCAGUCACAGGAUGUUAUGCCGCAUUUGUUCGACUGGCAGACUGUCUGCGAUGUAGAUGCUGCAAGCAAAAACCGAACAAAGUCAAACCGAUGAAACAGACAAAAAAGAGGGAAAAAGAUAUAGAUGAUAGCGAAGAAGAAUAUGGGCCAGAAAGUAUAACGUGGAUGAAUGUGAUUCACGCAAUGGACUUCUUGCUGUUCUGGUUGUCUACUUUCUAUACAUUGUUUUGUACGAGUCUUAUAGCGGUACUCUUAGUUAGCAACGCAUAG